AAAAAAGCAUCAGUUAUCAGUUAAAUUGGAUGAUACAUAUGUUGAUGUGAUACAUUUAACAUUUUAUCCGCAAUAUGAUCAGAGGAAUUGAGUUCACCCCCUGCAAAUUUGCAGAUGACACCAAGUUGAGUAAUGCAGUUGAGAUGCUAGAAGGAAGGGAAGUCAUGCAGAGGGACACUGACAAACUUGAGAGGUUCACCCAGGUAAACUUCAUGCAGUCCAGCAUGGCCAAGUGCAAACUCUUAUGCCUGGAGUGAGGCAAUCCCCAGUAUCAGUAAGGUUGGGUGAUAAGAGGGUGAGACCCUAAUCCUACAGAAGAGGGGAUUUGGGGAUACUGGUGGAUGAAAAAUUGGAUUGAGUUGGCAAUGUGCACUUGCAGUGCAGAAGGCCAACCACAUCCUGGGCUACAUUCAAAAGUGUAGCCAGCAGCCCUAGGGAGAUGAUUAUCCCUCUCUACUCUGUUUUCAGGAGACCCCACCUAUAGUACUGAAUUCAAAUCUAGGAAGCACAGUGUAAGAAGGACAUGGACCUGUUAGAAUAGGUCCAGAUGAGAUCAUAAGGAUGAUCAGAAGGCUAGAACUCAUCUCCCAUGAAGACACUCAGAAAAAGCUGGGUUUACUUAGCCCAGAGAAGAUAAGACUCCUGGGAGAAUCCUUAUUUUAGCCUACUAACACUUAGUGGGAGCCUACAUAAAGCUGGGAAGGGUCUCUUAAUCAGGAAGAACAAAGGAUAAAGCUUUUAAACUGCAAGAGACAGAGUUUGAUUAGGUAUUAGGAAGAAAUUCUCUACUCUGAUAGUGAUGAGGCAUCCCUGAAAGUGUUCAGGGCAAUGUUGGAAUGGGCUUUAAGCAACCUGGACUAGUGGAAGGCAGCCCUGCCCAUGCUGAUGGGAGUAAGAACUAACUGGUAUUUAAAGUCUCUUCCAACCCAAACCAUUGUAUGAUUCUGCAGUGCUUUAGCAGAGCACCAUAAAAAUCCACUAAUGCGUCAGGGUUUCUUCUCUUGCGCACUAUUCUAAUGUAUUUUAUAACCAUACAGAUACUUGCUGCAUUACUCCCAAUAAACUGCAGCCAUGGCUACAGAUGCUGAUAUGGCCAUAUUUGGGGAGGCAGCUCCUUAUCUCCGAAAGUCAGAAAAGGAGAGGAUUGAGGCCCAAAACAAGCCUUUUGAUGCCAAGUCAUCUGUCUUUGUGGUACAUGCUAAAGAAUCGUAUGUGAAAAGCACAAUCCAGAGCAAAGAAUCCGGGAAGGUCACUGUCAAGACUGAAAGUGGAGAAACUCUAACUGUGAAAGAAGAUCAAAUCUUCUCCAUGAACCCUCCCAAGUACGAUAAAAUUGAGGACAUGGCUAUGAUGACCCACCUCCAUGAACCCGCUGUGCUGUACAACCUCAAAGAGCGUUAUGCAGCCUGGAUGAUCUACACCUACUCGGGCCUCUUCUGUGUCACUGUCAACCCCUACAAGUGGCUGCCGGUGUACAACCCGGAGGUGGUGUUGGCCUACCGAGGCAAAAAGCGCCAGGAGGCCCCUCCACACAUCUUCUCCAUCUCUGACAACGCCUAUCAGUUCAUGCUGACUGACCGCGAGAAUCAGUCGAUCCUGAUCACCGGAGAAUCCGGUGCAGGGAAGACUGUGAACACGAAACGUGUCAUCCAGUACUUUGCAACAAUUGCAGCUAGUGGAGAUAAGAAGAAGGAGGAGCAGCCAGCAGGCAAAAUGCAGGGAACACUUGAGGAUCAAAUCAUCAGUGCCAACCCUCUGUUGGAGGCUUUUGGGAAUGCCAAGACUGUGAGGAAUGACAACUCCUCACGCUUUGGUAAAUUCAUCAGAAUCCACUUUGGUGCCACAGGCAAACUGGCUUCUGCUGACAUUGAAACAUAUCUGCUGGAGAAGUCCAGGGUCACUUUCCAGCUCAAGGCAGAAAGAAGCUACCACAUCUUUUAUCAGAUCAUGUCCAACAAGAAACCAGAGCUAAUUGAAAUGCUGCUGAUCACCACCAACCCAUAUGACUAUCACUAUGUGAGUCAAGGCGAGAUCACAGUGCCCAGCAUUAACGACCAGGAGGAGCUGAUGGCCACUGAUAGUGCCAUUGACAUCCUGGGCUUCACUCCUGAUGAAAAAACAGCCAUUUACAAGCUGACGGGGGCUGUCAUGCACUAUGGCAACCUGAAGUUUAAGCAGAAGCAGCGUGAAGAGCAGGCAGAGCCAGAUGGCACAGAAGUUGCAGACAAGGCUGCUUACCUGAUGGGUCUGAACUCAGCAGACCUGCUCAAGGCGCUGUGCUACCCCCGUGUCAAGGUUGGGAAUGAGUAUGUGACCAAGGGUCAAACCGUGCAGCAGGUAUACAAUUCAGUGGGUGCCCUCGCAAAAUCUGUCUUUGAGAAGAUGUUCUUGUGGAUGGUUGUUCGCAUCAAUCAGCAGCUGGAUACCAAGCAGCCCAGGCAGUACUUCAUUGGUGUCCUGGACAUCGCUGGCUUUGAGAUCUUUGAUUUCAACAGCCUGGAGCAGCUGUGCAUCAACUUCACCAAUGAGAAACUGCAACAGUUUUUCAACCAUCACAUGUUCGUUCUGGAGCAAGAGGAGUAUAAGAAGGAAGGCAUUGAAUGGGAGUUCAUUGACUUUGGCAUGGAUCUGGCUGCCUGCAUUGAGCUCAUUGAGAAGCCCAUGGGCAUCUUCUCCAUCCUGGAAGAGGAGUGCAUGUUCCCCAAGGCAACUGACACCUCUUUCAAGAACAAGCUCUAUGACCAGCAUCUGGGCAAGUCCAACAACUUCCAGAAGCCCAAGCCUGGCAAAGGCAAGGCUGAGGCCCACUUCUCCCUGGUGCACUAUGCUGGCACAGUAGACUACAAUAUCACUGGCUGGCUUGAGAAGAACAAGGACCCCCUGAACGAAACUGUUGUGGGGCUGUACCAAAAAUCAUCCCUGAAGACAUUGGCCUUACUGUUUGCUUCUGUUGGUGGGGCAGAAGCAGAGAGCAGUGGCGGUGGCAAGAAAGGUGGCAAGAAGAAGGGGUCUUCUUUCCAGACUGUUUCAGCUCUUUUCCGGGAAAAUUUAAACAAACUGAUGAGCAAUCUGCGAAGCACACAUCCUCAUUUUGUGCGAUGCCUCAUUCCCAAUGAAACAAAAACACCUGGUGCCAUGGAGCAUGAACUGGUGCUGCACCAGCUGCGCUGUAAUGGCGUGCUGGAAGGGAUCAGGAUUUGCAGGAAAGGAUUCCCGAGCAGAAUACUUUAUGCGGACUUUAAACAGAGAUACAAGGUGCUUAAUGCCAGUGCCAUCCCUGAGGGACAGUUCAUCGACAGCAAGAAAGCUUCUGAGAAACUUCUUGGGUCAAUCGAUGUGGACCACACCCAGUACAAAUUUGGUCACACCAAGGUGUUCUUCAAAGCUGGGCUUCUGGGACUCCUGGAGGAGAUGAGAGAUGAGAAGCUGGCACAGCUCAUCACUCGCACACAGGCCAGGUGCAGGGGCUUCCUGAUGAGAGUGGAGUUCAAGAAAAUGAUGGAAAGAAGGGAAUCUAUCUUCUGUAUUCAGUACAAUGUUCGUGCAUUCAUGAAUGUCAAGCACUGGCCCUGGAUGAAGCUGUUCUUCAAAAUCAAACCCUUGCUGAAGAGUGCAGAGUCUGAAAAGGAGAUGGCCAACAUGAAGGAAGAGUUUGAGAAGACCAAGGAAGAGCUUGCAAAGUCUGAGGCAAAGAGGAAGGAGCUGGAGGAGAAAAUGGUGUCCCUGCUGCAGGAGAAAAAUGAUCUGCAGCUCCAAGUGCAGGCUGAAGCAGAUGGUUUGGCAGAUGCUGAAGAAAGAUGUGACCAGCUCAUCAAAACCAAAAUCCAGCUGGAAGCCAAAAUUAAGGAGCUUACAGAGAGAGCAGAAGAUGAGGAAGAGAUGAAUGCUGAGCUGACAGCCAAGAAGAGGAAACUGGAGGAUGAAUGCUCAGAGCUGAAGAAAGAUAUAGAUGACCUGGAGUUAACGUUGGCCAAGGUUGAGAAGGAGAAGCAUGCCACCGAAAACAAGGUAAGUGAGCUGAAGAUGGAGAUUGAUGACUUGGCCAGCAACAUGGAGUCUGUCUCCAAAGCCAAGGCAAAUUUAGAGAAGAUGUGUCGUUCCCUAGAAGAUCAACUCAGUGAAAUUAAGACAAAGGAAGAGGAGCAACAGCGCACCAUAAAUGACAUCAGUGCACAGAAAGCUCGUCUACAAACAGAGUCCGGUGAAUAUUCACGCCAGGUGGAAGAGAAAGAUGCUCUGAUUUCUCAGCUGUCUCGAGGCAAGCAGGCAUUCACCCAACAGAUUGAGGAACUCAAGAGGCACUUAGAGGAGGAGAUAAAGGCCAAGAAUGCCCUGGCCCACGCCUUGCAGUCUGCCCGCCAUGACUGUGACUUGCUCCGAGAACAAUAUGAGGAGGAGCAGGAAGCCAAGGGUGAGCUGCAGCGUGCCCUGUCCAAGGCCAACAGCGAAGUGGCCCAGUGGAGAACCAAAUAUGAGACAGACGCUAUUCAGCGCACAGAGGAGCUGGAGGAGGCCAAGAAGAAGCUGGCACAGCGCCUGCAGGAUGCAGAGGAACACGUCGAAGCCGUGAACUCCAAAUGUGCUUCCCUGGAAAAGACAAAGCAGAGGCUACAGAAUGAGGUGGAGGACCUGAUGAUUGACGUGGAACGAUCAAAUGCUGCCUGUGCAGCUCUGGACAAGAAACAGAAGAACUUUGACAAGAUCCUGGCGGAGUGGAAGCAGAAGUACGAGGAAACGCAGGCUGAGCUGGAGGCCUCCCAGAAGGAGUCUCGCUCCCUCAGCACAGAGUUGUUCAAGAUGAAGAAUGCCUAUGAGGAGUCCCUGGACCACCUGGAAACGCUGAAGCGAGAGAACAAGAACUUGCAGCAGGAGAUUUCUGACCUCACGGAGCAGAUUGCAGAAGGAGGAAAGGCGAUUCAUGAGCUGGAGAAAGUCAAGAAGCAGAUUGAGCAGGAAAAAUCUGAACUACAAGCAGCUCUAGAGGAAGCUGAGGCCUCCCUAGAACAUGAGGAGGGGAAGAUCCUUCGUGUCCAGUUAGAACUCAACCAGGUCAAGUCUGACAUUGACAGGAAGAUAGCAGAGAAAGAUGAGGAAACUGACCAGCUGAAGAGAAACCAUAUCAGAGUUGUAGAUUCCAUGCAGAGCACCCUAGAUGCUGAGAUCAGGAGCAGGAAUGAAGCCCUGCGGCUGAAGAAGAAGAUGGAGGGAGACCUGAAUGAAAUAGAGAUCCAGCUGAGCCAUGCCAACCGCCAAGCUGCAGAGGCACAGAAGAACCUGAGAAACACACAAGGAGUACUCAAGGAUACCCAGAUACACUUGGACGAUGCUCUCAGGUCACAGGAGGAUCUGAAGGAGCAGGUGGCCAUGGUGGAGCGCAGAGCAAACCUGUUGCAGGCUGAGAUUGAGGAGCUACGAGCAGCCCUGGAGCAGACGGAGCGCUCGAGGAAAGUGGCUGAGCAGGAGCUUCUGGAUGCAAGUGAGCGUGUGCAGCUCCUCCACACCCAGAACACCAGCUUGAUCAACACCAAGAAGAAGCUGGAAACAGAUAUUUCCCAAAUUCAGAGCGAAAUGGAGGAUACCAUCCAGGAAGCCCGCAAUGCUGAAGAGAAGGCCAAGAAGGCCAUCACCGAUGCGGCCAUGAUGGCAGAAGAGCUGAAGAAGGAGCAGGACACCAGUGCCCACCUGGAGAGGAUGAAGAAGAACUUGGAUCAGACAGUGAAGGAUCUGCAGCACCGUCUGGAUGAGGCUGAGCAGCUGGCCCUGAAGGGAGGCAAGAAGCAAAUCCAGAAGCUGGAGGCCAGAGUGCGGGAGCUGGAAGGGGAGGUUGAUGCUGAGCAGAAGCGCAGCGCUGAGGCUGUGAAGGGUGUGCGCAAGUACGAGAGGAGGGUGAAGGAGCUGACCUACCAAUCUGAAGAAGACCGGAAGAAUGUUCUCAGGCUCCAGGACCUGGUGGACAAGCUGCAGAUGAAGGUGAAAUCCUACAAGAGGCAAGCUGAGGAGGCUGAGGAGCUGUCCAAUGUCAACCUCUCCAAGUUCCGCAAGAUCCAGCAUGAGCUGGAAGAAGCAGAGGAGCGGGCUGACAUUGCAGAGUCACAGGUCAACAAGCUCCGAGCAAAGAGCCGUGAAAUAGGCAAGAAGGCAGAAAGUGAAGAGUAGAUGACUCCAGUGGUGCAGAUUGAAAGAGAAUUGCACAAAAUGUGAAAUUCUAUCGCUUUGAUUUGUAAUUACUGCUUAGUUCUUCAUCAAUGUCUAGAUAAUUAAUAUUUAGUUAAUAAAAACUGUAGA